GACAAAUAUCAUAACUUUGAAGAGGAAAAUUCGAUUUAAAACUCAUGCUAGUAUCUUUAAAUAAAUUGAGUCCUGAAAACAUCAAAACUUUCAAAAUUAUCAGGUACAUCCAUAUUCACAAAUUGAAAUACAUGUAUCUAUGUUAUGCACAAGUGAUAAUAUACCUAUAAAGAGGUUAAGAGAGUAAGAAUUAAUUUUAUUACAUUACAGUAUGGAUAUAUGCUGCAGCUUGGGAAUUCGAUAACAACUGAAACCAAAGCUCUAUAUCUCCCUUAAUCCUUCUCACAGCGAGCCGAUAUGUGUCAAUAAUUCUGAGGAUCUGUGGGUAGAAUAUCUCCAAAUGGAGCUUACGUACCUAAAUAAAUUAAAGGCCCGCAAAGUUGUACUAGGAGAAGAUAAGGGAACACUGGCUCAUUCUGGCAAAAAUGCUAAAGAGAAAUAGUGGAGAAAUGAAAACAAGGAAUUAUUUAUGGCCCUUGAUGAUAAAAGAGACGAUGACAAAUUAUCCAACCACGACGGAGACUCAAAGGAGAGACUAGAUUUAUUUUUGGAACAAGGUUUAAGUGUUCUUCAGACAGUUUACAGUGGUUCUAUAAAAGCCCUCCCUUCAAGUUUCAGUUUAAGAACACAGUUUCUUGAGAUAGUAGAAGCAACAAAUUUAGCUCAUUCAGAAGAUAUGAGAAAUGAGAUACUUGCUGAUAUGAAAAGAGACUUUUCAAAAGAACCAAAAUAUUGGGAUUGGCUUGUAAGACAGGAAGUGAUUGAUCUUAAUAAUCCAGAGAGUACUGAAGCAGUGACAGCUGAUCAAUUAAGCAGAGCAAUUCAGGUUUAUGAGGAGAGUAUAAAAUUUAUGCCUUGGGCCUCAAUGUUUGAUUGUUAUGCAAAGUUCUUGAUGGAUGUCAUCCAUUUUAAAAAUCACGGAAGUCAAUCUUCUGAGCACUUCAGUGCAACUAGUCAUGGUAUAGAUCCUAUUUCACAUCUCUUGGUAGUAUAUGAGAAGGCUGAAACAAUGGGGUGCAUCACAGAGGAUCUUGAUUGUCAACAUGUUUCUUUUCUACUGCAGCUUGAAAAAGUAGAUGAAGCUAAGGCCUUGGCGGCUAAAUUUUGUUAUGGAAAAUUUUCAGCAGCAGUGUGGCUAUGGGCUUUACGGUUCUCAAUAGAAAUGAUAUUUAUCCAGAGUAACUGUACUCCAAAUAAGGCAGUUCUGUCUUCUUUCUUUGAACCCCUGAGAAAUGUUCUAUUGGAAGUGCCCAUAUCAGAAGCAGAAACCAUAUAGCUUAUGAUUCCUUACUUUACCACAUCCUGGACUUUCUUUAUAUAAAAAUUGCAUUGAGCUGGAAGUGAACGUUGCAUCUAGUGGAGAAAAGAUUAGUCUUGGCAAUGCCCGAAAAUUAUUUGACAUUGCAGUCACAACUUAUGAUCAAGAUGUCGGAUUGAGGCAAGACUAUUACAAUAUAGAAGUUAGUAGGCAAUGUUUCCUUCUCCUUCUCCUCCUCCUCCUCCUCGUUUGGCGAGCACAUUAUUUUUCUCACUAAGACAAAUAGCAGAAGAAUGUUCAGAGAUAUGAUGGGAAUUAGAGGAAAAAGACGUGUGAUGUUUCAACUUCGAUUGUAAACCCAAAUUGAAUAAACAGAAGUGUCUUCUCUCUUACAAGUUAAGCUUUUAAAUGAUCACAUCUAGACAUAGUUAUAAAGUUCUUGAGUUCUAAGUCUUAUUGUCAACGCAUAAGCAGUUAUUUCCAAUUGAUUCAUGAUAAAGAAUCAUGCCCACACGUAAGGGUGCAUGAUGAACAUAAAAUAAAAACGUAAGGGUGCAUGAUGAACAUAAAAUAAAAACUACUGAUGGCAUCCCUCUAAUAUUUUAUAUUUUUAAAUGUACUUGGAAUUUGUAUGUGGUCUCAAAUUCAUUCUCUAAAAAAAAUAGAUGAGGCAACUCACACAUCUUAGUAGUCUCCGUUCACUUUGAUGUGGGUGAUAGGGAAAAGUAAAUCAUUUGUUUGAUAUAAUAUUUUUAUAUGAUCUACUAAUAGUGACGUAUUUAUGUUUUUCUUGGAUAACCGUGGUGCUCGGGUCAGCUUCCGGGCACCUUGAAUAAUUCUACGGGUACCUGCUAUCUCUCACCAACACAAGUACCGGGUAACUCUAUCCACCAAGGCUUGGACUGAUAGGAAGAAAUCACUUGGUGUUUUUUACCAGACCUCGGGUUCUCAACCUACUUGAUUGAGCCACACCCUUUGUGGGGUGGGUGGGUGGGUGGGUGGGGGAUAGAAAAGUUGUAUAUGCUGCUAUUUAUUAUGUUCACUUUGUAAAAGUUACGUUACUCAUGGUCACGGACUAUGGGUAUUUGCUGCUAUUUAUUAUGUUCACUUUGUAAAAGUUAUGUUACUCAUGGUCAUGGACUAAGGAUAAAUGAGUAAGCAUCUAGUGCUGAUUCUUUCUUCUAACUACUGCUCAGAUGGGAACAUCAGAAACUGCAGCAGCCAUUCACUGGCGAGCACGGAAAACCCUUAAGAAGAGUAUUUCCCUCCCAGCCCCCUCACAAUGAUCAAUCUCUGAAUAUGGGAACACGUUCAAAAUUUUAGCUGGGAAAACUUUGAGCAAGUAAUAUGACCAAAGGUUCUAUCCGGAGGGCGGGCUAAUGUGAUUUCUUAUGCAAUGCACCAUCUCUUAUCAUUGAGCUGCCAAUCUUGAACUGCAUCACAAUCUGCAGUAUUGGUUCUUUUCUGAUGACUUACUUUAGAUCUUACGUGAUCUGAGUCACUGUCAAAGGAGCCUUACUAUAUUCUCAGGCAAGACCUUGACAGCAGCUGACAGCUGUGAUAUAAAGCUUUCAAGGAGAGCUUUAAUGUCACUCAAUUUAAUUUUUUUGCUCUCUCAAAUUACUUUGGCCGACAAUUUUAUAGACUAGUAUCUUUAGCUUUGUAUGUGAAAAAAAUAUUCUACGAUCUUUAUCAAGAAAGCCUUGUAACUUUAAAUAGGAAUUGAAGCUAUCUGGCUGAAUUUGUUGGUAAUCCCUGGAGUUUAGGUCUGAAA